AUGCUAUCAGCAGGCGAACGACCCCAGCCUUGCCACGCUGUAGAUUCGACGCCCGCGAGCAAGGCAGACAUGACCGACCUUGCCAACGGAGUUAACGGAGUCUCCAAGCCCUCGACACACAUGCAACAUAUCUGGGUCGUGACCGGCCCAGCAGGCUGCGGAAAGAGCACUGUCGGUAAUGUUCUACGCACCAAGCUCAACCUCCCAUUCAUAGAAGGCGACGAUGUAAUACCACCCCCCAACCAACAAAGAAAAAAUGAGCCAAGGCAUCCCCCUCACAGACGCAGAUCGCUGGGACUGGCUCAUCUCCCUCCGCCAAGCAGCCAUCAACCUCCUCUCCCCAUCAGAAGCCAACGACUUCCAGCCCCCGCCGGCGUGGUCGUCGCCUGCUCCGCCCUGAAGCAGAAGUACCGGGACGUCAUGCGGGUUGCCGCGUACGGCUCGCCGGCCGUGCAGAUCCACUUUGUCUACCUCAAGCUCGACGAGAAGGUGCUUAUGCAGCGGGUCUCGCAGCGCCGGGAGCACUAUAUGAAGAGCACGAUGGUGCAAUCUCAGUUGGCGGUGCUGGAGGAGCCGAAUGAUGAGUGGGAUGCUAUUACUAUUAAUGUUGAGGGGCCGAUGGAGGAAGUGCAGCAGAAUGUUAUUACGGCUGUUACGGAGAAGUUGGCCGAGUACAAGUGA